CGGACCGGAGUUCAAGAUGGAGACAGCGAUCCGGCGGCUUCACUGUUAGCUCGUUUACAACAAUAACCAUAUGGCAAAUACGACGGACGGCUGGACGUUUUAAACGCCGAUAGCGAGAGCUGCAACGUAACAUGAGAUGCGCGUUUCGUCAAGAUGAAGUGAAGUUGUUUAUGAACAUACAACACUUGAGGAAUAAUCCCGAUUAAAAAGGGAAGCAGAGGAGGAAAAAUUGCCAAUGGUCAUCAUCACAAACUAAUUUUGAGUGCGAGGAGAUCGAUAUGGCGCUGAGAGAGUUGAAAGUGUGUCUCCUGGGGGACACUGGCGUUGGAAAGUCAAGUAUUGUUUGGAGAUUUGUGGAAGACAGCUUUGACCCAAACAUCAACCCAACAAUUGGGGCAUCCUUCAUGACCAAGACAGUGCAAUACCAAAACGAGCUGCACAAGUUCCUGAUCUGGGACACGGCAGGACAGGAGCGGUUUCGGGCUCUUGCACCAAUGUACUACAGAGGGUCAGCGGCAGCCAUCAUUGUUUACGACAUCACGAAAGAGGAAUCCUUCCAAACACUAAAGAACUGGGUGAAGGAGCUGCGCCAGCAUGGUCCUCCUAAUAUAGUGGUCGCCAUCGCUGGCAACAAAUGUGACCUGUCAGACGCCAGGGAAGUGCCAGAGAAGGAUGCCAAGGACUAUGCUGACUCCAUCCAUGCCAUCUUUGUAGAAACCAGUGCCAAGAAUGCCAUUAACAUCAACGAGGUGUUUAUAGAGAUAAGUAAGCGCAUCCCUGUUGCCGACGCCGCAGGAGGAACUCCAGGGAAAGCUUUCAAACUGGGACGUCAGGCCUCAGAGUCUCGCAGAACGUGCUGCUGAUGAUCCCAGCGACUGCCCUCACAUGACCUGUGACCUGACCUUUUGCUUACCCUCUGUGUCCCCGGCCUGCUUCAGCUUUCAGCCACCACACGCCCUCGAUACCCUUGCCGACACUGAUACUGGGAUGCAGAAGUGCCACUCGGAUGACAAGAGCAAAUGCAUUUUAGCGGCACUCGACAACACAAAAUCGUCAUAUGUCAUCUGACAGUUGCUGGCUGGAGAAAAACGUCCCGUUUUCUGAGCAUUAAAUCAUUGAUGAAAGGGAAAAGACCUCCAUACUUAUACAUUUACUUACUGGCUUCUAUAAUCAACAUCAACUUCUGUUUGGUGUAUUAUAGGCCCGGGUUUAUGAGAGGAACUUUACGGAUACAGAUUUAUGAAUUCUGAAAUCAUUUGUACUUGUACAUGUGUAAAAAUCGACUAUCUUUCAACCAAGGCAUGGACUGAAAAUGGUAAAAUUUCACCAAAUUAUUUUGACAGCACGGAAGUUAUCGCCUUUUGCUUCAUUGUAGAUCUCUUCCCAAACAAUGUUGUGAAGGAUCCAUCGAUACAGUUACCUUUGUAUAAUCACUAAUUUAUUAUUGAUGGAAAAAGGUUUGAGUAUUCAUCAGUGUUUGGACCAAUCAGUCUCAAUUGUGUGUUUUUUGGAAGGAUAUUUGAAGGGAUGUUGCGCAUUCAGUCAAGCAUGACAGAUUGUGCAUGCUUAAUAUCAGUUUUAUUGUGUGAUUGAUGUUUUCAUCAAGAUGCUUUUCAAGGCAAAAUGCCAAGUGGGUGUUUUGAAGUUAAUUGCAAUCCCACGGUAAAAACAAAAGCAGAAAUGAAAGGCGUGUGGGAGUCUACUUCCUUUACAAUAAAGUAAUAGUUUGCGUGGGUUUAAAUGA